AUGUAUCGACUCCUUCCUGCCGACUACUGCGACCGCCAGACAGGAAGAUGUCGCAUCUCUCCAGGACGAUUCCAACACCUCGGCUUGUCGGUCGGUCAAUGGGUGCUCCUGCAAUCAACACUCCAUGCAGAAGAUCAGAUCUACUGUCGUGUCUGGCCUGCGCGGUAUGACUGUCAGGAUGACAUCCUUGCUGACCGGUCGAUUGCAAAGGGUCGUCCGUCGGAAUAUGGGUUGCGGAUAAGAGAGCAGGAUCGAUAUGAUAUGACUGUUCUGCCUUCGAUUUUGGCAAAGGCGUUACGGUUAGAGGUGACAGUGGCAAGGAUUCGGAUUGACGGGAAGGAAAGCGACGAUGGAUCGCGAUAUGAAGAGGCGUCUGACAAUUUGCGGCGAAACAUUGUCCAAGACGCGCUCGAAAAUCAGAUUCUGGGACCAGGAUUCACAGUGGCGAAUGAGUACUGCGGGCUGUUGAUCAAGAUCGCUUCCAGUUCACCAGUCGAUGGUCCCUUAUUGGUUACUAAGGGAACUAUGGUCACCAUCACUCAGGAAAAGCAACACACCGACAAAAGCACCACAACAUCAGGAUUCAACAACAGCCAAACCAACAUGGAUAUCUCUCAACACCUCAAAGUCUUGCCAGGACUGGAAGGACCCAUCAAGGCUCUUCUGGAGGUAGUGUCUUACCCUCUUCUAUACCCGGACCUGAUUGCGCGACUCAACAUCGAGUGUCCCAAGGGUAUUCUCUUACAUGGACCUCCCGGUGUUGGAAAGACACUACUCGUCUCGACGGUCGCCCAAUAUUGCCGUGCGCAGGUGGUGAUGAUCUAUGGACCUGAGAUCUUUGGACCCUAUGUCGGCGAGAGCGAGGAGAAGUUGCGACAAAAGUUUGGACAGGCAAGCAGGAUGGCUUUGGAGGACCCUCAGAGACCCGUCAUGAUAUUUAUCGAUGAGUUGGAUGCCUUGACGCCUCACAGGACAGACGCCCAAGCGCACGAGUCGAGGGUUGUGGCACAGUUGCUGACGUUGAUGGACGGCGUGGCUUCACGAGGACGCGUUGUGGUCAUUGCGGCCACGAAUAGACCCAACUCGAUCGACCCAGCGCUGAGACGACCAGGACGAUUCGACCGCGAGAUCCGGAUGGAGGUCCCAGGAGAGUUGAACAGAACCAAGAUUAUUCGCGGCUUGAUCAAGGACAUGCCUCAUACCCUUACUGAGACAGAGCUAAGCAGCUUGGCCAGGAUGACCAAUGGGUUUGUCGGAGCCGAUCUGGAGGCACUGUGUCGUGAGAGUGCCCUUAGCGCAGUCCAUCGUGAAAUCGCCUCGGGAGCGGCAAUGUCAAUGUCAGGUGGUUCAAGCGUCAAGGUGACAUUGGCGGAUUUCAAGCGAGCAUUCAAGAUGAACACUCCGUCACUACAACGUGGCUACGGCGUGGUUGUCGAACCUGUCCGCUGGACUGACAUUGGUGGACUUGAGCAUGUCAAAACUCAACUUCGACAGGCAGUGGAGUGGCCAGUACUCUACAAGGAUACCUUUUCACGUCUCGGCCUUACGGCGCCUCGCGGGAUAUUGCUCUACGGUCCUCCUGGAUGCAGCAAAACUACCCUUGUCAAGGCGAUCGCUACCAACUCGGGAGCAUCAUUCCUCUCAGUCAACGGCGCUGCUCUGUAUUCGUCUUAUGUUGGAGACUCGGAAAAGACGAUCCGAGAGACGUUUCAUCAAGCCCGGCUAUCGGCACCAUCGAUUAUCUUCUUUGACGAAAUCGACACCAUUGUCGGCAAGCGCAACUUUUCAGCCGGCGGCGGUGACGGUGGAGGCGACAGUGUCCAAGAGCGGGUUUUGUCAACGAUGCUGAACGAGAUGGACGGUGUCGAGAACGCGACUGGUGUACUCAUUGUCGCAGCGACCAACCGAGUAGACUUGAUUGACAAGGCUCUUUUACGUCCUGGUCGAUUUGACCGAGUAGUCUAUGUUCCGCCACCGGAUCUUGAAGCACGGAGACAGAUUCUGGGAAUCUAUACUAGGGAUAUACCUCUUGCCGAUGAUGUUAACUUGGAUGCCAUUGCAGAAACGACCGAGAUGUAUACCGGCGCUGACCUGCAAAAUGUCUGCAGGGAGGCUGCGCUGGUCGCUCUUCGGACGCGCAUCCUGGUCCAUAUCCCUGAGAUCCUCGAAAAGAUCCUCUCCUAUCUCGACGACCACACCUCCCGCAAAAUCUCUCGCCUCGUCUGUCGCCAAUGGUUCUUCCUAACCAGCCCAGCCCGCCAGGUCGUCUUUGAUGGACAUCGACAUGGACGGACGAUAAACAAGACGCUGGCGAGGAUGGCGGGAGCGGGCGGGUUGUGGUGGAGGUCGGAUCAUGAUUAUUGGUUAAAGCCACCGCCACAGAGGGUGCAUUGGGGGUUUCUGAAGAAGGCGCUUCAGCUUGUUCAUGAACGGUAUCAGGAGCAACAGCAGCAGUUGCUGUUACAGCAGCAGCGGCAGCGGCAAUCAUUACAGAUCAACAGCACUCAGGGCGACCAGGAAGGACACCUUAUCAGGACCCGGACCAAGCUCUACAGUCCCCUCAGGACCCUUGAACUCGUCGAGAACCCGCGGGUGAGCUAUCUUAUCAGUGAUAUUCUCCCCUACAUGUCGACUCUGACGGUUCUUCGGAUAUGUCCCACGACAGGCGAGAGCUUUGACAUGAACGAGAUCAUGGUGAGCUGUCCUUUACUCGAGGUCUUUCACCUCCUGCCGGCAGAGAAGCUGCGAGUUUUUGGGCCUUGGGAAGUUAUGACAAAACUCAAGAAGGCGCAAAAGGAAGCUGGCCCCGCAGGACAACGAAAACGGCACCACCCACGCCCCGCCGGACAAUUGCCUCUCCGGUCUUUAAUCCUCAGGAACGUCUUUUUCUACCAGUCCUGCAUUGAAGAACUCCUAAACUAUACCCCGGACCUUACAGAGCUACAACUAGUCGUAUGGUCCCCCGACGAAGACUCGACGUUUGACCCGCCUUCAUUCUAUCAAUACCUCCAAUCCCUCGACCACAUCUCUCUGGACUCUUUCCACUUUUCCUUCGAGGGCAAGUUUGACGACAACACACCCGAACUCAGGCAGAUGGCCCGCAAGAUCUGCCCCAACCGACACAAAUGGCUCUUCUGGACCGGCGACCUAACCCCGGCCAUGACACGGUGUCUCAUUGAACACCAGAACGUCGUCACCACCCUCGAACUCGUCUACAAUCAACCCGUCAUCUGUGGACCCAACGGACUCCUCCACCAAUACCUCUGUUCUUCCCCACAGCUCCUGCAUCUCCGCGCCAGUAACACCGCCUAUCUGUUUGACCAUCUCGACCUCCACCAGCGGACGCUUUUGUACGACGGACACUUUUCAAUCGACCCGCUGACAGCCGGUCAGAGUUAUGGAUCUGCACGUCCAGGAGUGUGGGCCUGUCGCGGCCUCAAAACCCUCCACCUCGCUUUUGACAGCCAGACGGACCGUUUACUCUUUGCCCCCGUAUGCCUCCGCAUCGUCUUUGGAUAUCUUAGCCGCGUCGUCCCUCGACUCCAAGACCUCCAAAUCGUCAUUCUCUCAUGUUUUAGCUAUGGCCGAGGCAACGUGGGCCCACCUCUGCGACUAACCCUCCAAAGCGGAUUCUGUCUCCUCUCAAGGCUCAGGAAUCUGGAAAAACUUCGUAUUGGAUGUGAUGGCGGUUCGGUCGACUGUCAACGGAGCGAUAUCGAAUGGAUGAUCCCCUCUGGUCAGAGUCCCCGGAAAAUCGAUGAACGACGCAAGACUGUCGCGGGAUGGACACAACAACUUGCGGAGGAAGAGAGUAUGGAGAUUAAAAGAACUCAUAGCUUCGCCUUCUCCAACACUACCACCACCACUGCCACUGCCAACAAGGCUGCGGCGCAGGCCUGGAAUACUGGACCCUCAUCGUCAUCAUCAUCAUCGUCAUCGUACUCGACCUCAAAGCAAGUCAUCGAUAUCUGGAACAAUGUCGAACCAGAACUCAAACAGGAACUCCAGAACCUGGGGCGACUCUUGGAUGUCAAGACGAUGCUGGAUGAGAUGGCCGACAAGGACAAGGAUUUCCGAUGCUGGCCUUAUAUCCAAAAGGUAGCCUUUCAUCGUCCCAUUGAGAUGGGUCUCUCACCCGAGAGGGAGCUGAAGGAAAUGUUUCCUUUGAGAACACUUUCUGGCGUUCGUCUUCGGCUUGGCCAGAAAUCAUAA